AUGUUAAAAUAAAAUGCCGCAAAUGAAAUACCUUUUAAUGGGGAAUUUGAAGAUAGUGAAGAAGAAUCUGAUGAUGUUUCUGAAGAGGACUCUGAAGAUGAUGACUUUUAAAAUAAAAGAAAGAAGAAAAGAAAAUAGUUAGUUAACAAUAAUAAAAGAUUGAUUAUGAAUGUAUCAGACACAUAAUACGCAGCUGUUAAAUUUGUGGGCAAAAUUUUAAAUAAAUUUAAACUACAAUAUACUCCCUAUUUAGAAACCUAGGUAUGGGAUUUUUGUUGGACUGAUAAUGCAGUCUUACCAGAAACUCUGGCUAGAAUGUAAAGUAAAAUAUAUUUAAUUAAAAAUAGGUCAUUAAAGAAUUAAUCAUUUCCCUGGAAUGUAUUGCAUAGCUAGAAAGAACUAUUUAGGCAAAAAUUUAAAUAAAAUGGCUAAAUAGUUUCCUGAAGAGUUUGAUUUUUAUCCUAAAACAUGGAUGCUUCCUUAUGAUAUUUCAGAUCUGAGACAAAAUAUAGGAAAAAUUAAAUAUUUUAUUGUAAAACCAGAAGCAUCAUGUUAAGGAAAAGGUAUUAGUGACUUAUUUUAUUAAAGGCAUCUUUUUAACUAAAUAAAUAGAAUCAAUUGCAUCUGAACAUUGUGUUGUAUAAAGAUAUUUACAUAAACCAUUAUUAAUAGAUGGUUUAAAAUUUGAUUUUCGUAUGUAUGUAUUAUUAGCAGGUUGUGAUCCAUUAAGGUAUAAUAUGUAUAGUAAUAUCUUAGAAUUUAUCUAUUUAAAGAAGGAUUAGCAAGGUUUGCUACAUAACCUUAUUAAUAACCAAAUUAAAUGAAUUCUGAAGAAAUGUGUAUGCAUUUAACUAAUUAUGCAAUUAAUAAGGAUAAUCCUAAUUUUGUAUUCAAUACAGAUGAUAAAUAAAUGGAUAUAGGACAUAAACGAAGUCUUUCUAGUGUUUUUAAUUUAUUAUCCUAAUAAACAAAUAUUGAUGAAUUAAUGGCAAAAAUAAAAGAUUUAAUUAUUAAAACGUUUUGUUCUGUAUAACCUUUUCUUUAAUCUAAUUAUACUCAACCUGAUAAUUAUGCUAAUAAUAUGUGUUUUGAAAUUUUAGGAUUUGAUAUUUUAAUAGAUCACGCUUAUAAACCAUAUUUAUUAGAAGUUAAUCAUACACCAAGUUUUACUGCUGAUACUCCAUUAGAUGCUUCAAUUAAAAAGAAUCUAAUAAGAGAUACUAUUACACUUAUGAAUAUUAAUUUAAAAGUAAAAAAUGAUCUUUAGCAAUUAUAAAAAGAACAAAUGUAAAAAAGAGUAUUUGGUAAAAAACCUAAAAUUUCAAAUGAAGAAAAAAAAUCAUUUAAAUUAUAAGCAUAAUUAGAGAGAGAAUAAUAUGAAUCAUUAAAUUUAGGAAAUUUUGAAAAGAUUUACCCUUCUGAUAAGUCUUAUGAUGAAUAUUUACAACAUGCUUAAAAAAUAUAUGAAGAAUGGACAGGAGCAAGUAAUUUCGCAUAUUAUCUUUGUCUUUAGAUAUCCGUAGAAAUAUUAAAAAAGAAAAUGCUACUGAGAGAGAUAAAUUACCUUUGCAAAGAUAGUUAUAGCACUCCAUUACAAUAUAAGGCACUAUUGAUUCUAACAAUAAACCAUCAUCAGAUCCUUCUAAAUCCUCUGUUAGAAAGAGUUUAUAUAAACAUGUACAUAGUAAAGUAUUUUCAAAUAUAAAUCCAUAAAAAUCAAUGACAGAAUUACCAUAAUAAUAGCCUAUAGAAAUUAAAUUAUUAGAUGGAAACGAUAAUGAAAUUACUUCUGAAGACUAAUAAUAAAAUAAUAGUAGAUAAUAGGAUAAAAUUGAAGGACUAAAAAGACCUCCUUCUUCUUAUGCUAUGAAAUCAAUCAAAUAAAGCUCAGAAAUACAAUUAGUGGACUUAUUUAAUUAUAAAAGAAUUAGUAUUCCUGAUGCUUCUCCUUAACCAAAUGUUUUAUAAUAAUAAUCUUUAUUGACAUUAUAGUAAUAAUAAUCAUAAUUGUAAUAAUAAUCACCAAGUUUUAAAUCAGCAAAUUAAUUUGCAAGACAUUUUUCCAUUAGAAAAACAAAUAAAAGUAAAUUAAAACCAAGCGAAAGUGAUUAAGAAGCAAAAAAAGAUCUGAUUCAAGCAGUUAAUCAAUACUCUUAAUUUUAAUAAUAGUAGCAACAAUUAUCCUUUUUUUAAUCUUAAUAAUAACAUCUUCAAAAUUAAUAAUAAUAAUAGAAUGGUUCAUUUAUUAAACCAAAAGUAUUCAAUUUAAAAUUGUAGCCACCACAUUUUAAAAUAACCUCUCUUCCAAUAUUAAUGCAAUAAUAAAAUUACUAUAAAUUUAGAUAUGAUUGA